GCAGCUCCCGGAAGCUGAGGGGGUUAAAGACAUUCGCUUCCUUUCCCCGCCUCUUAGUCCCGCAGAUUGCUAGUCGACAUAGCCAAUAGAAGGGCGGACUGGUACUUCCUGUUAUUUGAUUGGCUUAAAGUUUUGCAACCGCCCAGACAAACUUGCCGAGGAUUGGCUGAGCCUUCAGUUUUGAAAAUCAUAGAUUUCGCCCGCGCUGCGCCGCCUGGGUGCUCCUCCAGUGCGGUGAGCCCCGAAGGCCCGGAGCCGAGUGGGUCUGGGCAAGCGGGGCGUCAGCUAGGGGUACCACCGGAUUUGGAUCGGAGCAGCCUUCAGGGGACGUGGCGCAGUCGAACAGAGCCACCAUGGGGACGACAGCCCCAGGGCCCAUUCACCUGCUGGAGCUAUGUGACCAGAAGCUCAUGGAGUUUCUCUGCCACAUGGAUAAUAAGGACUUGGUGUGGCUUGAGGAGAUCCAGGAGGAGGCCAAGCGCAUGUUCACCAGAGAGUUCAGCAAAGAGCCAGAACUGAUGCCCAAAACACCUUCUCAGAAGAACCGACGGAAGAAGAGACGGAUUUCUUAUGUUCAGGAUGAAAACAGAGACCCCAUCAGGAAAAGGUUAUCCCGCAGAAAGUCUCGGAGCAGCCAGCUGAGCUCCCGACGCCUCCGCAGCAAGGACAGUGUAGAAAAGCUGGCCACAAUGGCGGGGGAGAACGGCUCCGUCCUGCGGCGUGUGACCCGUGCUGCGGCUGCGGCUGCUGCGGCCACCAUGGCAUUGGCUGCACCUUCUUCGCCCACCCCUGAGUCUCCCACCAAGUUGACCGAGAAGCCCAAGGAUAACCGCACCCCGUGCCAGCUGGUGCCUGUGGUGGAGAUUGGCAUCAGUGAGCGCCACAAUGCUGAGCAGCAUAUCACCCAGCUCGUGUCCGUCCAGCCUCUGCCCCGUACUCUGUCCCCGACUCCGGCUUCAGCCACAGCUCCAGCCUCCCAGGGCAUCCUGACGUCGGAUGAGGAAUCAACACCUAAGAAGUCAAAGGCCAGGAUACUGGAGUCCGUCACAGUGAGCUCCCUGAUGGCUACACCCCAGGACCCCAAGGGUCGAGGGGUCGGGACGGGGCGGUCUGUGUCUAAGCUCAGGAUUGCGCGGGUCUCCCCUGGCCCACGGGACUCGCCAGGCUCUCCAGACUCUCCGUGGCGGGAGCGGGUGCUGGCUCCCAUCCUGCCGGAUAACUUCUCCGUGCCCACGGGCUCUCCCGCGGACUCUCAGUCGGUGCGGCACAGCCUGGUCGCCCUGUCCUCCCUGAGUCCCCAAGUCUUAGCCCAGAAGUACUCUCUGGUGGCCAAACAGGAAAGUGUUGUCCGCAGGGCGAGCAGAAGGCUUGCCAAGAAGACUGCCGAAGAGCCCGCUGCCUCUGGCCGCAUCAUCUGUCACAGUUACCUGGAGAGGCUCCUGAAUGUUGAGGUGCCCGAGAAAGUUGGUCCUGAGCAGGAGUCCGCCGAGGAGGCUGAGCCUGUAGCGGCAGCUGAGCCAGAGGUCCCUGAGAACAAUGGAAAUAACUCGUGGCCCCGCAAUGACACGGAGAUUGCCAAUAGCACACCCAACCUGAAGCCUGCAACCAGCAGCCCGGAAACACCCUCUGCAGGGCAGCAAGAGGCCAAGACAGACCAAGCAGAUGGACCCAGAGAGCCACCGCAGAGUGCCAGGAGGAAGCGCAGCUACAAGCAGGCGGUGAGUGAGCUGGACGAGGAGCAGCAGCUGGAGGAUGAGGAGCUGCAGCCCCCCAGGAGCAAGACCCCUUCCUCACCCUGCCCAUCCAGCAAGGUGGUGCGGCCCCUCCGGACCUUUCUGCACACGGUGCAGAGGAACCAGAUGCUCAUGACCCCGACCUCAGCCCCCCGCAGCGUCAUGAAGUCCUUUAUUAAGCGCAACACUCCCCUGCGUGUGGACCCCAAGUGCAGCUUCGUCGAGAAGGAGCGGCAGCGCCUGGAGAACCUGCGGCGGAAGGAGGAGGCCGAGCAGCUGCGCAGGCAGAAGGUGGAGGAGGACAAGCGGCGGCGGCUGGAGGAGGUGAAGCUGAAGCGUGAGGAACGCCUCCGCAAGGUGCUGCAGGCCCGCGAGCGGGUGGAGCAGAUGAAGGAAGAGAAGAAGAAGCAGAUUGAGCAGAAGUUUGCUCAGAUCGACGAGAAGACUGAGAAGGCCAAGGAGGAGCGGCUGGCGGAGGAGAAGGCCAAGAAAAAGGCGGCGGCCAAGAAGAUGGAGGAGGUGGAGGCGCGCAGGAAGCAGGAGGAGGAGGCGCGUAGGCUCAGGUGGCUGCAGCAGGUGCGAGCGCAGGAGGAGGAAGAGCGGCGGCACCAAGAGCUGCUGCAGAAGAAGAAGGAGGAGGAGCAGGAGCGGCUGCGGAAGGUGGCCGAGGCUAAGCGGCUGGCGGAGCAGCGGGAGCAGGAGCGGCGCGAGCAGGAGCGGCGUGAGCAGGAGCGGCAGCUGGCAGAGCAGGAGCGUCGGCGGGAGCAGGAGCGGCUCCAGGCCGAGAGGGAGCUGCAGGAGCGGGAGAAGGCCCUGCGGCUGCAGAAGGAGCGGCUGCAGAGGGAACUGGAGGAGAAGAAGAAGAAGGAAGAGCAGCAGCGUCUGGCUGAGCGGCAGCUGCAGGAGGAGCAAGAGAAGAAAGCCAAGGAGGCAGCAGGGGUCAGCAAGGCCCUGAACGUGACUGUGGACGUGCAGUCUCCAGCUUGUACCUCAUAUCAGAUGACUCCACAAGGGCGCAGGGCCCCUCCCAAGAUCAACCCAGAUAACUACGGGAUGGAUCUUAAUAGCGACGACUCCACCGAUGAUGAGGCCCAUCCCCGGAAGCCCAUCCCCAACUGGGCCCGAGGCACCCCGCUCAGCCAGGCCAUCAUUCACCAGUACUACCACCCGCCGAACCUUCUGGAGCUCUUUGGAGCCAUUCUCCCGCUGGACUUGGAGGAUAUCUUCAAGAAGAGCAAGCCCCGCUAUCACAAGCGCACCAGCUCUGCUGUCUGGAACUCGCCGCCUCUGCAGGGCGCCAGGGUCCCCAGCAGCCUGGCCUACAGCCUGAAGAAGCACUGAGGCUGGCCUGCGUCUUUCUUAGCAGCCUCACCUCCUGUCUAUGUCUAUCUAUCUGUCUGUCGGUCUCUGUCUUGGUCUGUCCACCUCCUUCUUGGCAUGCCAUUGUGGAGGGCUCGGCCAGGUGUAUAUAAACGUCCUCUGUGCUGGGUGUUUCUGCUGCAGGUGGCAGGUGGCCCCAGGCCUGUUUGGAGGAUGGGCUGGGUGGGUGGGUGGGGAAGAACUGGGCCCAGCCCCACAUGACCUGCAGAUAGUGCUCUGUAAAUAGUUGUUUUAAUUUAGCUGAAUGUUAGCGUUUUAGUCUUUGGCAUUUUAGUAUUUGGGAGGUAGAUUAAUAAAGUAUAUUCCUUCAAGCCUGCUGUUGAUACCGUGAAGACUGGGCGCCUCAGCCCUGGCCCUGUAGCUGUGUGUCUUGGGCCACCGGUGGCCUGCAGGACCAAGGUACUGUUCCAUCACCUGCGGUGUGCCUCAGGAUCACCGGGUGCAGACGCCCGCCCUCGGAGAUGCUGCUGCAGUGGGUGGUUCCACUGCCUGGAUAACCCCUGAGGAACAUUUCAGUUACUGUCACGAUGGGGCAGGUGGAGCUCCUCCCUGUUUUUUGGGGUGCUCCCUGUUUGUAACGGGAAACUUGCUCACUGGGAAAGACCUGUGUCUUGACACAGCCCUGCCACUUAGUCCCCUACCCUCUCUAUUCCCCAGGCUCCACCCUUGCUGCACAGGUACAAAUGGACCUGAGAACAUCUGUGUGCUGGUGAAGCAUGAGGUCUGAGUAGAAAAGGGGUAUCCCUUGAGCCCACCUUGGGACCAGUGCUUGCAAGCAGCGAGAUAUUUCCCCAGCAAAACCAGGCAGCUGCCAAUUAAAUGCUUAGCGCCGAUGAAAGCUGGCUGUGGUCCUGCCUGUGAGCUGCCUGCUGCUGCCUUCAGAAUGCAUACAUCUGCUACUCUAGCCCGGGGUUGCCAAACUAUGGCCUCUGGGCCAAAUCCAGCCACAGUCGGUUCUUUAAAGUUUUAUCGAAACACAAGCAAUGGAAAUGCCCAUUUCUUUACCUGUUGUCUCCAGUUGCUCUGCUCUGAGGGCAGUGUUAAGUUGUGUAGCAGAGGCCCAUCCAUGCAAAGCUGAAAAUGUUUACUAUUUGAACUUUUACAGAAGUUCUGCUUAAGGACAAAAUAAAGCCUAAAUCCAAGAAUACUUUUAAAAAUGAGGAAAUAGUGAACACAAUAGAUAGAAGUCUGGAAGUUUCUACCCAUGCCAAGAAAAGUGUUUUAUGGUUUGUUCAAAUAUGUUGUGCAGUUCAAAUUUUUUCCCGAUAUUCUCUGACUAGACACUUGUACUGAGUAAACUGGCGAGUGUGUCUGUCUAAAACCACAAUAUCAAAAUAUCACUUAAAGCAUCUUUAUAUAGUGUGUUUAAGAAAAAGUUAUUAUUCAGCAGAAAGGUAAUUGCAAUUGGUCUGCAUAUUUACCAACACUUGGUAUUGUCUGUUUCUUAUUUUAGCCAUGCAAAUAGGUGUGUACGGAUAUCUAAUCAUGGCUUUCAUUUGAAUUUCCCUAAUGGCUGAUGGUUGAACAUCUUUUCAUGUACAUUUCUGUCAUCUGUAUAUCUUUGGUGAAGAGUCUUCAAAUCUUUUGUUCAUCUUAAAAUUGGAUUGUUAUGUUACCGUUGGGUUUAAGAAUCUUUACAUAUUAUGAAUACAAAUAUGUUGUCAGAUACAUGCUUUGCAGUAUUUUCUCCCAAUCUGUAGCUUGUCUUUAAAAAAAAACUUUUUUUUUUUUUUUAGAGAUGAGGUCUUGCUACAUUGGCCAAGCUGGUCUGAAACUCCUGGUCUGAAGUGAUCCUUCUGCCUUGGCCUCCCAAAGUGCUGAGAUUGUAGGCAUGAGCUGCCAUGCCUAGCCCAGCUUUUUGUUUACUUACCAGUGCUUUUCACAGAACAAAAAUUUUAAUUUGAUGAAGUCCAAUUAAUUAAAUUUUAAAAAUAGAGUGUGUUUUUUUGUCAUGUCUAAGAAACCAUUGUCUAGUCCUAGGUCCUAAUUCUCCUUUGUUUUCUUCUAAAUGUUUUUUAUUUUACAUGUUACAUUUAGAUUUAUGAUCUAUUUUGAGUUAACUUUUUUUUAAGUAUGAAGUUUACGUUUUUUGUUUGUGUUUAGGAGCAUAUGGAUGGAUGUCUAAUUGUUCCAGCACCAUUUGUUGGAAAGACUAUCCUUUCUCUGCUGAAUUUCUUUUAUAUCUUUGCCAGGAGUUAGCCAUAUUGGUAUGGGUCUAUUUCUAGACUUUUUGUUUUCUCCCAUUGAUCUGUACAUCUCUCCUUUUGCCAAUACCACAUAAAUCAAGAUGACUAUAGCUUUGUAAUAAGUAUUAAAAUCUGGUAAUAUAAUUCUUCCAAUUUUAUUUUUCUUUUAAAAUUAUUUUGACUAUUGUAUCAGUGUUACUUUUCCAUUUAAAUUUUAGGGUUAGCUUAUCUACAAAAGUCCUGCUGGGAUUUUGAUUGGAAUUGCAUUAAAUCUAUAGAUAAGUUUGGGGAGAAUGAACAUA